GUGAAUAAAUUGCCGCUCUGUUCAAGUUGGAUCAGAAAAAUACAAAUUUUCAACAUGGCAACUAAGCAGUGGCUGCAACUACUACAAGAUGCUAAAAAGACGGCUAUUAUUCAAGAUGGCAAACGGAAAGUUCAUUUUCUAAUGGAAGAUGGUAAAGAAAUGGUAGAAGAAUAUAGCGUUGAUACAAAUGUUGUGAUAAAAAGAGCAUGGAAACAGAAAGGUAAAUUAGGACAAGACAUUGGCUGGGAGAUUGAAGUUGGAGAUCCAGAGCCAAACCGAAUAGAUAAUCUUGAGAUUGUAGGCAUCAGGGAAAGUUCAAGUGCUCCAAUUGUUACAAGACGAAUCACCAAAACUGCUUUAGAGUGGAGGAUAAGAAAUUUACCAUACCCUAAAGAUGUAUAUUCAGUUACUACAGAAGAUGAUGGAACAAUAACUGUUCGUACUAGUAACAAAAAGUAUUUUAAGAAAAUAAAUAUACCUGAUUUGGAAAGAGUAGGCUUAAAGCCAGAGCAAGAUAGGAUAUCAUUUAACUAUCAGUACAACACAUUAAUAAUUACAUAUAAAAAACCACCAAAACUUAUUGAAAUGGAAAAGAAAAUUUUUGACAUGAUAUCAAAAUUGAAAAUAGCGAAGGAUGGAGAUGUGCAAUGCCCUACAAGUUAACAAAUAUUAGAUUUUAGAUGUAGUCUAUUUGACUAAAUAAUAAUAUUUUGUACGAGAAUUGACGUGAUUUACAAUGACGGUACGAUAUUUUACAAAUCGUUUAUUUUUUUAGUUAUUCUUGUCUGCAAAAAUGUAAUUUAUGAUUUAUUUACAUACUCAUCAGAUUGCUGUUCAAUGAAUUCAUUUUUGUACUACGUAUACUUAAUAUCCACGUACAGUUUUAUUUAAAAAUUGUAAAUAAAACAAUCAAUUUUUCACACAUUUGAACAGCCCUUCGAAAAACU